UUUCAUUUUUACGACAUAUAUGAAAACAUUUAUGCGAAAAAUCUUGAUCGUUUGUCUAGCAAAUAAGACAAACGCUUUUGAACACGUUUAAAUUAACUUCCGGUCUCACCGGAAGUAAUGAUAAUUCCUCAGCUGUCAUGGCUGAAAAGAGGAAUGUUUUGGGGCUGCCUCUGCUCUUUUUGCUUAUUGCUGUGUCUCUCCUGCAUUUAUUCAUUUGUCCGUUUACCAAAGUAGAGGAGAGCUUUAAUUUACAAGCGACUCACGACAUUCUGUAUCACAGACUUGACUUUGAUAAGUAUGACCAUCAUGAUCCCUGUGUGGUGCCACGAACAUUCCUCGGCCCCUUGUUUCUAUCUGCACUUUGCUCUCCUGUUGUUUCUCUAUUUAAUCUGUUGGAUGCAUCAAAGUUUUAUACGCAGCUGAUUGUUCGAGUCCUGGGAGUGUGUGUCAUUGGUUCACUUUGGCAUAUGCAGAGAGAAGUGAGAAGGCAGUUCGGCUCCACGGUAGCAGUGCUAUUCUGUCUGAUUUGUGCCUCACAGUUUCAUCUAAUGUUCUAUAGCACCAGGACCCUCCCUAAUGUAUUUGCACUGCCAAUUGUUCUUGUUGCAUUUACAUCUUGGAUGGCUCAGAAACAUGGUUGCUUCAUCAGCUUCUCUGCAUUAGUCAAUGUGUUCCGGUCUGAACUUUGCAUCUACAUGGGUCUCAUGUUGCUGAUAUCAUUGCUGAGCAGAAGGCUUGGACUGCUCAAACUAAUUUACUAUGCUGUUCCAGCUGGUGUCUUGUCACUAGCUCUGACAGUGGCUGUUGACACCUUCUUUUGGAGGAAAACUCUGUGGCCUGAGGGUCAGGUUCUGUGGUACAACACUGUUCUCAAUAAAAGUUCAAACUGGGGAACCUCUCCCUUUUUGUGGUACUUUUACUCUGCGGUGCCCCGUGCUCUGGGUUGCACACUGUUCUUUGUUCCCCUUGGCCUCCUCGAUAGGCGGAUGAGGCUACUUCUGCUCCCCACAGUAGGCUUCAUACUCAUCUACUCCCUGCUGCCACACAAGGAGCUUCGCUUCAUCAUUUACACGUUCCCUGUGCUCAGUUUGGUGGCCGCUAGAGGUUGUUCCUUCAUUCUGUGCAACUACCAGAAAUCAUGGAUGUAUAAACUGGGUUCUGCAGUAGUAGUUGGCCAACUGUUGACCAACACAGCAUACUCUGGUGUCUGCCUUUACGUGUCGCACCACAACUACCCUGGAGGCCGAGGGAUGCUGGAACUGCAUAAUCUGUUGCCUCCAACAAAAAAUGUCUUUGUUCAUAUUGACACAUUUGCUGCUGAAACUGGAGUAUCACGCUUCUUAGAGCUCAACAAGAACUGGAGGUAUGACAAACGUGAGGACAUGCACCCCACAAACCCAGACAUUAAAAUGUACUCACAUCUACUAAUGGAGGACGUCACCAAGAUUCAGCUACUUCAACACAGCCAUCAGCCUAUGGUUUUUAUAGAAGGUUAUAGUAACAUUGCCUUCAAUGUAUUAAAUUUUCCUCCUGUCACUGUGCGACUUGAACAAAAGGCUGUGCUGAUGGAACAAAUCAAUGAUGUGUGACAAGAAAAAGCAAUUUUACAGAUAAGAUGUUGAAUUGUGACUUCUAGUGACCAAAAGUGAUGUGUACAGGACUGGUGGUUUUUCAGGUUGGAAUAGUAUAAAUGAGUAUAUAAUGGAUAUUUAUAUGGGUAUGACACUGAUGCAGGACGAUCGUUGACAUAUGCUACCUGUGCAGAGAAACAUGUCACAGCUACAUUUACUGCUAAUGUACAGUCACAGAAAAAAUUAUUAGACCAUCAAGUCAUCAAAAACAAUGGUUUUGCAAUUAAGUACUAUUGUGUGUAUCGUGUGACUACAACAGACAGAAAUGAAAACAUGGAAUGCCUA